AUCGACUGUUUCGUGCUACAAUCAGCCAAGAAGUACUUCAACAGUCACGAAUACCUGCAGCAAGGUAUUUUUCAACAGGUAAAAGAGAAUGUGAGGGUGGAGGCCCGCAAGAAGGAUAAUGACACCGGGCAGACUCAUUUGCGGAACCUGGAGUUUCUUCCAAUCGUGGUGGAUCUCGUGCAGUGGAGCAUACCUUGCUCGAACACAGAAGACCAAAGGGUUUGGCUCAAUUGCCACGAAGACAAGAAUUGCUUGCCUGGUCGACACUUGGCUCCUGGUGUCUUGGCGAUUCCAGAUGAAGUAGAUGAAGAGGUGGAUGACUCCACGCCAUGGAUUGAGUCCCCACAUGACAUGCCUCGCUUGCCCAAACCGAGAAGUGAUGCCUGCAUUGUGGUCUUUUUUCAUGAAUUUGCUGACCCCAUCACCCUAUUGGAGCCCCAUGUAAAUCCGGCCAGUGAUGACAUGAAGGAUGAGCCCCCUGCUCUUCCAAACAUCCGUGCCAUUGCCCAGACAUUGCCUGUUGUUGCAUCCGAGUCCCUGACUAGCACAUCCGACCAGCACUGUGGUGAUGCCCUGCUUCAUGCAGCGGGUGGCGGUGUGAUUAGUGACCUGAUAUCGCCGACUGCUCCUUGGACCCAGCUGAUCCAGGGAAUGCCAGAUGCUGAGACGGGACCUUGUCCUGAAGCGCCAAGCCAACCUAUGCCUUCAUUAGGCAGCACAACCGAAGUCAUGUUUGGACGAUGCUUGGACAUGGAGAUGCUGCUGAUGAGGACGUCGAAGGCAUUGAACUCUCUUCCUUGUGCCGAUGCC